AUGGCGCUAUAUACCGCCCUGGAGGGCAAAGAUGGCCCCUCCCCAAUGAGCCAGAUCGUGCGUGAGGCCAGCGAGGAGUUUGGUGAGCUGACCACCAAGGAGCUGGCGAAGCCGGGGAAGUGGCAUGGAGUGCUCUAUGGGUUUUGGCCCACCUUGUGCUGGACGAUGCUUAUCCUCGGGGCUGUGGUUGACCUGAAUCUCCGCUGGGCUGCAAACGGCUCUUUGGGCUUCAGCCGCCUAGACGAAAGGAGCUCGGUGCUGGCCUCGCCACUGGGCAGCCCGGAGGCUCUGCUGCUGACCCGCGCGGUGAGCCUUCUGUUGACCGUCGUGCCUUGCAUUCUGGCAGUGAUUCAGUACCGCAAGAAAAGGAAGGCUGCUGGGGAGCCGUUGGUGCUGGGAGGCCUAGAGAUCCUCAUGCUCUUCUGCACCCUCUGGACGUGGUGUUGGAAGACAUUUUACUUCUUUCUGGCUACGAGCUUCAGCGCGGGGUACGUGGUGUGGGACCUGGAGCCCCCACUCUGGGCCACACAGGGCCUGUGGCUGACCUUCGACAUUGCCUUUGGAAUGGCCUGGCUGGUCUUCUGGGCGGUAUGGCUCUUCUUGUUGCCGUUUUCCUGGCUCUCAGGGCACAAGGAAGCUCUUGCGGAGUUGCUCUCGCCACUGCCCUUCUAUCUCCACAAUGCCAAUGUAGUGCUCGUGACGUUGGAGCUGGUCUUGUCCCAGUGGACCGUGAACAUCGAGCACUCCAUUUUCCCAGUGUACUUCGCCUUCACCUAUCUAUACUUUAAUUGGUGGCUCUACUCGAAGAUCGGCGUGUGGAUCUACUUUUUCCUGGACUACGACAGGCCCUCCUCGGUGCCCGUGUGCCUGAUGCUGUGCGCCAUCACUGUGGGCUCCUUUGACUUGGGGGGCGUCGUGGCCAGAGCCGUGACCCGCUGA